UAUUUACACAACCCAACUUCUCUUUUCUAUCGGUCUCCUCUUCGUAACGAAAACAAACACGAACUAUUUGACUCCUCUUCGUCUCUUAAUUCUUCUUCACGAAUCCUAACUAGACAUGUCCUACGCUUAUCUCUUCAAGUACAUCAUCAUCGGCGAUACUGGAGUUGGCAAAUCGUGUCUUCUCUUGCAGUUCACUGACAAGCGCUUUCAGCCUGUUCAUGACCUAACCAUUGGUGUUGAAUUUGGGGCCAGAAUGAUCACCAUUGAUAACAAACCUAUUAAGCUCCAAAUUUGGGACACGGCGGGUCAAGAAUCCUUCAGAUCUAUUACCAGGUCUUAUUAUAGAGGGGCUGCUGGUGCUUUACUUGUCUAUGAUAUAACCAGGAGGGAAACUUUUAAUCACUUGGCUAGUUGGCUGGAGGAUGCAAGGCAGCACGCAAAUGCCAACAUGACAAUUAUGCUUAUUGGUAACAAGUGUGAUCUUGCUCAUAGAAGGGCUGUCAGUACAGAGGAAGGUGAGCAAUUCGCCAAGGAGCAUGGAUUGAUCUUCAUGGAAGCCUCUGCAAAAACUGCUCAAAACGUGGAGGAGGCUUUUAUAAAAACUGCUGCAACAAUUUACAAGAAGAUUCAGGAUGGAGUUUUUGAUGUAUCAAAUGAGUCAUAUGGAAUAAAGGUUGGAUACGGAGGAAUCCCUGGGCCAUCAGGAGGGAGAGAUGGGUCUUCUUCUCAAGCUGGAGGAUGUUGCAGUUGAAAGUUGAUACUUGAUUGGAACAUUGUUUAUUUUUCAAUUGUUUUUAACAUAAAUUUUAUAUAUAUAUAUAUAUAUAUAUAUAUAUAUAUGUUUCAACGUGUGAUUUUGUCUGAAUAUUGUGCAGAUUUCAGAAUUAUUGAGAUAUGUGUAAAAUCUUUUUAUUAAUGUUUUGUGGAUUUGAUUGUAAAUUUGAGCAUACUGUUAAUAGGGAGGAACAAUUUAUGAUUUAUGCAUGUGUAUUAUUAAGCUGCAAUAAAAGUAAUUAGUUAUUGAAA